CAGGGAGGGCUGGCUUCCUUCUUGCUCGUUAUUUGAAACAGAGGUGUUGACACUAGGAAAGAGGCUUCAGAUUCCAGCACUUACAAUCAAGGACCCGAGUUUGACAGAUCCUUAAGAGCCAGAGGUCAAAAUUAUCUCCUUGAAAUGUCGUUCUACAAGACAACCAAAUCUUUGGCAAAAGAACUGAACUCAGAAGGAGAUUUGAUCCCCGUAUGCAGCAUUGUAGACAACGACCACUAUCGGCCUCUUUGCCUGCUUUACAGAAAGGCAAAGUCUUCAUGGUGGAAGGCGAACUCUUUUCGUAAAACUGAAUACAAACUCACAGAUGUACUUUGUUCUGGCGGCCAUGCUAUAAAAUUAGAUGUCAAAGAUGGAGGCCAGUUUGACGUUGAGGAUCAGGUAGAUGGAAAACUACAAGGAGAACUUUCUGGACGCGAUAUAGUUCCCAUAGAAGCAAAGUCCAAUUAUAGUACAUCCCAUGUGAUGUCUGUGAAGAUGAAAAAGAUACAGUUAUGUCCCACUAUCCUCAAUUCUGUGAAAAAGUUAAAAAUUGACAUGGAUCAUGAGUUCAUUAAACAAUCAAAGAAGCAUAACUACAACCUGUACAUUGUGACUGAGGCAAUAGAGGCUGUGGAAGAUGCACAGUUUAAGGUGUCCAGCCAAAUGGAAGGCAGCAUCUUUUAUGAAGCCUAUCUCAAAAUGGGGCUGAAGGGUACCAGCAAUAGUAAGAAGACAAUUCAUAUCCCAAAAUCUUGCAUCCUGGCAUUCAGAGCCAAGAAACUACAAGUAGGAAAGGAAUCAUUAGGUAUUUCCUACUAUAAAGAUGAUAAAUCAGAAACUUGGUUUUCCUCAGAUGUGCCGUUCUAUGCAGGUGGCAAAAAACCUACAAAGUCUAUAGUCUGCGAUGGCAAAAUUGGCAGGCCUUUUCCCCAAGUAAUUUCAAUGCCAGAGGAAGAAAUUAGCACAUUGAGCAUUAGACCUAGUGAGGAAAACAUGUGGAUGGAGGUUGAAAUGCAAUGUGCACACUUCUCAUUCUUAUCUACAAAUCUGUGUGGUUUGUUUCUAUCUGGCUUUGUGGCUGUAAUGAGGAACAAGGACCUUCUACAAAAGCUAGUAUUCCAGCUGGAGGAGGCACUUGAAGCCCCCGGCCAAUGCAAGCUGAAGGCUGACAACCCAGAAUUGCAAGAUCUGGUGGAUAAUUUACAAGAUCGCAGUGGAGCUAUCAUCCCUGAACUUGCGGAGGCAGUUGUCUAUUUUCUUGAAGCCUUAGAUGAACUGCAAGAAGAACAAUUGAUGCUCUUGGAAGAAUCUAUGGGGAAAAAGAUUGUGUCCAGGCAGCUGGAACUGGUCAAGAUCAUUUUAGGCAAUAUUCUAAGCAACGACGAAAUGAAAUUUACUGCAGAUGCCCAGCUGUUACCUAAAGAUGAGAUUAUUAUAACGGGAGCAAUGAUUGAAAUGAGUGGAGUGACCAUUCAGAAAACUGAAGCUCAUCUUUCUGGAACAGGAGAACCUGAAGCUUUGAUCCCCUUGUAUGUGGUUCUUUAUGUGCUCAAUCUUCUAACUAAGUAAGAAGGCAAGUGAAUUCAUCAUAUCUGAAUGACUAAGGCUGUACACAUUUAUCUGGGAAAGUCAAUUUUUUUUCCAAGCUUGGGAAAAAAAUCUUUUGGGCUGCAACUUCCACAAUCAUAGGUUGAGCAAAUUGCAGUUCAGAAAAGUAACUUUUUUCAGUCUUUCCUCAGUGGGGCUUGGUUCUGAACAAAACAUGUAUAGGGUUGUAUUGUAGUGCAUACAGGUAUAUGCAACCUUACUCUCUAACCUUAUUUGCACUUUAUAGCCUAUUUUCAGUCAUAUUUCUGGUCUUCUAAAAUUUGGUUUUCCAAAUCGAUAUAUAGGUUGAGCAUACUAUUAUCCAAAAUAAUUCAAAAUUGUCUGUUUGGGUCUCUAUGAUAGUUACAUAUUCAAGCACAAAAUUAUUAAAGUACUGUAUAAUUUUUUCUUCAGGCUAUGUGUAUAAGAUGUUUAUCUUAUAUGCAUGUUUAGACAUCGGCACCAUCUCCAAUCUAUUUUAUUAUGGUACAUAUAUCCUGCAACCAAUAGUCCAGAAUCUG